AUGGGUUGGUAUUUUCAUACUGAUGUUAUGAUGAAAAUUGGAAAUUUCAUUGAUACUACCGUUAAGGUGGAUGCGCAUACUAUUGGUCAAGCUCGAGAUACUCCUCCCGCUCCAAAUGAGGAGGAUGUUGUUGUUAAUCCUGCUAAUUUUGUUGCUGAGAUUCCAGCUAAGAUGUAUGGUCAAUGGAUGCUGAUGAAACCUAAAAAUUUCAUAAAGAAGGUUCCACAUGAACAAGGGCAGUUGUUCUCUUCCACCAAGAAGGCUGAUAAGGCUAGUGGAGUGAAGAUUGCCGCUAGCCAAUUUGGAUCUAGAUUUAAUAUUUUGAGGGAUAGUGAUGGUAGGGACGAUGAGGAUGCGAGUUUCACUCAUCGUCCUUUUGGUUUCAAGAAGGCUUCUAAACUGGCUGCUCAAGCUCAUAAGCGUGCCUCCCUAUGUCUAAGUCUUAUGGGGAACAAGCUGGCGCAGUGCCCUGAUUUUGGUGCUCGAAGGGUUGGGAAGAAAAGAGUCGGGAGUACUUUUAAUAGCUCUAAAGCUCUUAAUGCUGUGAGAAUGCAAGUUUGUGGGGUUACUGUGCAGGAUGAUGUUUUUAGGAAGUUUUCUUUCAAUAUGGAGGGGCCUUUCUUUUCCGAGUCUUUUCUAAGGAAAGAUAGGCUGCUUCAUGGUCAUGAAUCCCCUGACACUAUUCAAAGGGUGCUCAAUGAAGCUUUCUUUUCUGGUGUUAGCUUAACUUCUGACCAUAUGGAUCACCAUGGUGAUUUUGUUGAUCAAGGUGAUACAAAGUUUGGUAUUGGUAUGGCUAUUGUCAUUGAACAAGUUGCCUCCACUAGUGGUGAGGCUGAGCAAUUGCAUAAUUAG